AUGAUAGGGAAUAAAUACUCCCUCAAUUGCGGAGGAGAGAACGGAGGACCAAGGAUCACACCCUGCUUAGACUUUAUUAUUUUGGAGUACAAGAGCACAUACAAUCUGCGAUGCGAGGCGGAAGAGCCGGUAACGUGGUGGAGCAUCCAUAACAAAUUAAUGGAUGUACUUGAAGAAUCGAACCAUUCCACAAGUCUAAGCCUAAAUAAUGUGUCUGCGGGCGAGGUGGGCGCCUAUUACUGCAUCAAGAAAUCGGAAAUGCAAAAGAACCCCGAUAUUGAUGAGGCUAUAAUGGCAGAGAAUGUAAACUUGGAACUAGCCAGCUCAAUUUAUGUUUAUGUAAACGAUUCUAAGAACAAACUGGUUCCUCAUCAACCAGUAAGCUUUUUCGGGCUGUAUGAUAACCUGCUGAUACCCUGCAAGCCCUCAAUGCCCAAUACGACGGUUCUGCUAAAAAGCGAAGGCGAUGAAGUGAGUAGUUACUUAUCAACAGUCGGUUUUAAGCAAAGGGAUCGUCCCAUCAUCGAAAGCAAUUUAGGUCACUACGUCAUAAAGGGCUCCGAUCUGAUUCUCAGAUGCGACCAGACGGCCUCCGUAAAUGAUAAUAAUAGUAUGACCUGGUCGAUUCCGCUGAACUCCACGUCGAGCACCGCUUUGCGAAUAGAUGUCCAGCAAGAGGAUACCGGCACUUAUGUCCUGUUGGUUGACAAUAUAUUCCUCAAUGACAGACGGAAGUACAACGUAAGCGUAAGACGCCCCCCCGAACUACUUGUACCGAACUCUGAAGUCUACGUCCAGGCGGGUGGACCAUUUAAGUUUGUGUGCUAUGUGCGAGCUGUUCCGCCGGCAGUAGUCUCCUUUAACUUCUGCAGGUGCAACCUGCAACCACGAUGGCCGAACUGCAACAAUUCAGUUGGAAAUGAACUUUCCUUUACGACAAAACCGGCUGAGGGGAACGGAUAUUCGACCUAUGAGGUCACAUUCACUCCACGCUACCCGGGAGUUCUCAAAAUCUUUGCAAAUAGUACGGUGGACAAAAAAUAUGAGACCGCGGAUGCCCAAAUACUUCUAUCCGAUUUAUCCGAUAGAAUGACAAUUAAUGUGGAUGAACAUCCACUGGGUAGAAAAACUUAUAGGCGCGACACUAUAAAUGUUACCUGCGGAGCUGUGGCCUACCAUUACAAUAAUAAUCUUCUAUGGCUUCGCGAUGGCCGGCAGCUGAACGAUUCUAACCGUUUUAAAAUUAUACACUUAAACGGCACAUUUUCGUACAAGAGCAUUUUGCAGAUUUCAAACAUUGACGACGAUGUCAAUGGGACCUACCUCUGUCGAGCUUACCGCAUCGAUAGACCCAAGGAGUUCCAAAAACUGAUAUAUAAUCUAACCAUCUAUGAUACUCCACCACCAGAAUGGCACACCCUAAAUACUCCUCAGGAAAUCAAAAUGGGAAGGCUGCAAAAUGAAUCCCUAAUGCUAGAAUGUAGCUUCAACGCCGUGGACCCAUUCACGGCGACAUGGUUCAAGGACAACAAAGAGCUGACCCAAUCGAAUGAAACGCGCAUCGAAAUGAAUCGAACCAAUCUUUACAUUCAUAGUUUGCUUCCGAAGGACCAGGGGGUCUACAAAUGUAGAGUAACGAACCUAGGGGGCAGUAUUGAAAAGUCCGUGAGAGUGAUUGUUACAGAUCCAAAUAGUGCAAUUAGAUGGGUGUGGUUGUGGGUGGGCAUCAUUAUAGGGCUAAUUAUGGUCAUCUUUUUCGCCAGUCUGGCUGUAUUCUACUUCCGUGCUCAUAAGAGACACUUGGCAUUAAAUGCCGACAAAGCCGAAGAGCCUCUGGUACAAUAUACACAUGUUCCCGAGGUUUUUGAGAUUCCGCGGCACAACCUUAAGCUGGGCAAGCAGCUGGGAGAAGGAGCUUUCGGAGUAGUACUCAAAGGCGAAGCAAAGGGAAUCCGUAAGGACGAGGUCUCAACCAAUGUUGCCGUAAAAAUGGCCAGACGCUCGGCGGACAGUGAGGUGAUGCAGGCUCUCAUGGCAGAGCUGAAUAUCAUGAUCCGCUUGGGCCAGCACCUAAACGUAGUAAAUCUUCUAGGAGCUAUAACUAAUAAUGUUGAAAAACAUGAACUCAUGGUCAUUGUGGAGUACUGUCGGUUUGGAAAUAUUCAUAAUGUUCUUCUAAAGAAUAGAUCACACUUUGUUAAUCAAAUAAAUCCCAUGACAGAUAAGAUUGAUACCAGUUCUCUGAUUAGCUUGGAUACCGAUACUGACCCCCACGACGAAGCUACGCUGUAUAAUCCCAUCUGGGGUUCCAAUUAUGAAACUGACUCAACGAAGCCUAUCACAUUAACGACCUCCAAUCUGGUCAGUUGGGCCUUCCAAGUGGCCCGGGGCAUGGAGUACCUCUCCUCCAAGCAGGUUCUCCACGGUGAUUUGGCCGCCAGAAAUAUUCUGCUUUGCGAUAAAAACGUGGUCAAGAUCUGUGACUUUGGUCUAGCCAGAUCCUUGUAUCAAAAUUAUUACAAAAAGGAAAAUGGAAAGAUGCCAAUUAAAUGGCUAGCACUGGAAUCUUUAACCGACCAUGUUUUUAGCACCUACAGCGAUGUCUGGUCCUUUGGCAUCGUCCUCUGGGAGAUGUUCUCGCUGGCGAAGGUGCCGUAUCCGGGUAUUGAUCCCAGCCAGCUCUUGAACAAACUGAACGAUGGCUACCGCAUGGAGAAGCCUCCGUAUGCCAACCAGGAGAUCUACGAGAUCAUGCUGGAAUGCUGGCGAAAGAUUCCUAAGAGUAGACCUUUGUUUGAUGAGCUGGUUCAACGUUUUUCGCAAAUAUUGGGAGCAGAAAUUUGCAAUCAAUACGUUGAUAUGAACAAUCCCUAUAUAGAAAACAACUUGGAGCUCGCAAAAGUACAGCCCACAGAUUACGAGGCUUUGAAGGGAUCCCCUGAUGAACCGGCACCGUCUGUUCCCAUCAAUACUAAAUAG